CUUAUCAGAUCACAUAACCAUAAAUAGUAAUAGAAAAGAACGUAAUAGCUGCGAAUGUCAUGACAUCGGCCUUGACAUCAGGUAAAGGCCUGCAUAAGAAAAACUUCACAACAGUAGAAAGCAUGUCAUGACACCAGAUUUGACAAGAUAGAAACACAAUGAGUUUUACCAAAAAUUACAGCCAAUCAACAACAUCUACAGAUUGAAGUUCAAAUUCGAUUCUCUCUCCGAUUGCUCCUACUCUCCAUCAAGAUUCGAAGUUUUCGGAGCAUUCUUCAUCGUCCUCAAAGAUUUAUGGAGCUAUUGUAGAGUUAUCCGAAGAACUACACAAGGUUUAUCUUCCGUUCCGGUGUAUGAUAUUCGUUGUGCCCGAUGCACACGUUGGCGCGUGAUUUACCUUCAUCGCGCCGACUCUUGAUUGCUUAUGCAAAUUUUAAUCGGAGUGCUGACAUGUUUGUUGUUGCUUUUGCUAGCUCGCUCGCGGGAUCCUAGUUUACUCGCUCUCUUCGCUUUAGCUUACGGAUCAUCAUUCGUUUGGUUGGGUGGGAUGUUUCCAUGAGGUAAAAGGCCCAAUACCCAGGCCAGAGUUGACACAUAGGACACCUAGGAUAGAGUGGAUAGUCAUGACGCCGAUGAGAUGUCAGGUCUUGUCUAGUGCGAGCAUGAGACCCACGCCCAGUCGAGGUCCAAAUGGGGUAUCACCGUUGGCAUGUAUAUGCAACAAUGGUGGUGCCUCAGGAGGACUGAUAACGCUGGUUGCCAUUUUGACCUACCCUGACCUAGACUACACCUGUGAGUGGGGAGGGAUAUACAUGACAGGUACCGUUGGUGACUAUUCUGUUCUGUUGGUGACUAUUCUGUUCUGUUGGUGACUAUUGUUCCUAUGGCUGUGUGGUACCUAUGUCGGACCUUUGAUCUCAUGACAUCUGACCUAUAUCAGUUAUUCAGAGGAUUGUACAGUGGUUACUAAGAUUAUAUGGACCUUGAUCCCUUGUUGUUGCAUUGCAUAACAUCAUUGCUUUAUCUACUUCAUUUAUGGGGGAUUCUAAAGUCUACUUCAAAAAAAAGAGAAAAAAGAAAAAGAAAAAAAAAAGAAAAGAAAAGAGACUCUAUACAAAAAAAAGCUUUGAUUCCAAAAGAAAAAAGAAAAAAGAAAAAAGAAGGACAAAUGUGUAUGAAAAGACUUUAGGAUCUCUCAUAAAUGAAACAUUGCAUUCAUACUAUCAUACAUUUCAUAGUUCUAUCAUAAACUAAUUGGGGUCCCUUUCAACAGUAUUUCUGCUUCAUCAACAAAUUUGACUUCCCUACAUCUGUAUCACACGAGGAUUAAACAGAAGAGAAUCAUGGACCGUCUUGAACAAAAUCAGGUUGAACUUCGUAAGGACAUGGAUACUAUGAGGGAGAGGAUGACCCAACUCUUGGAGACUCUCCAUGUUGUUAUUCAAGGGCAAGAAGAGCUAAGACAAAGUGUUGCUAAGUUGGCUAAUGGUACUCCGACCACUGUUGCUAAUGGGGGAUCAAAACCUGUGCCCGUGGAAGUUCCUAAUAAGGAGGGUUCACAUCAUGAGAACGAUUCUGAACUUGAAACUUUUAAGUUCCCGAUCGAGGAAAAUGAGAGAAAAUUCCAUCUCCUGGAAGAAAGAUUGAAUGCUUUAGAAGGUCGAAGCUCCUCUGGUUUGAAUGCUAUUGAUUUGUGCCUAGUGCCUGAUAUCAAGAUUCCCGCUAAGUUCAAAGUCCCUAGUUUUGAGAAAUACAAGGGUACCACUUGUCCGAUGAGUCAGAUCAAGGCAUUUUGCAACAAGAUGGCUCCGUAUGCAGAAAAUGAUAAGCUUCUGAUGCACUUCUUUCAGGAUAGCCUAAGUGGGGCAUCCCUUGAGUGGUAUACACGACUCGAACGAACCCAUGUCCGCACAUGGGAUGAACUAGCAGAGGCUUUUCUCAAGCAUUACAAGUACAACAGCGAUAUGGCUCCUACUAGACUACAACUCCAAAGUUUAACUCAGAAGGUUGAUGAGUCUUUUAAAGAGUAUGCACAGAGAUGGAGAGAAUUAGCUUCCAGAGUCCAACCUCCACUCUUGGAACGAGAGCUUGUAGACAUGUUCAUGAAUACUCUGAAAGAUCCUUAUCUGAACAUGAUGAUUGGGUGUGCUUCCUCCGAAUUCUAAAGUUUGGUUGUCGUAGGAGAACGAAUUGAAAACGCCUUAAAGAUGGGUAAAAUCCAAGAUAUGGCCAAUGCUUCCGAAUUCACAGAAGAAGAGAAAAGUGAAACAGAUGCAAUUUCAGAGAAUAAAGAAGAAGAACUCCCUGCUUAUCCUCAGGUUCAUGUUCUUAACUAUCACCAAAAUUACCAACAACAAGGUCCACGAAGGCCGAGAAGACCACCAAGAAAGAUUGACCCGAUUCCUAUGACUUAUAGUCAACUGCUCUCUCAUUUACUCAAUGAAUCCUUGGUCGAACUAAGGGAGGCUAAGCCCCCUCCAACAUCGAUUCCUCAAGGAUAUGACUUAAACGCCAAGUGUGAGUACCAUUCUGGGGCAUCUGGACAUUCAACUGAGGAUUGUAAUAUUUUGAAACACAAAGUCCAAGAUCUCAUUGACUCCAAAGCAAUAUCAUUCACUCCAAAUGGUCUUCACAUAAAUUGAAAGGUUCAUGGGGCUCCCGAUUGAGGGAUAAGCAAGACGUACUCUUAUCUUGAGCACUGCAUCACUCGCAUUGCUCGAAUCCCUAAAGUAAGACAAAGAUUUACAACUCUUGGGUGACUCCGUUUGAGUCUUCUUUUGAAGUAAUCUAAAGUGUUUGGAAGGAACUGUAGAAGGUAUCCAAGAUCAAUAAGUCCAGACGGAGUCAAGCCUCCUCUACUAUGGCAAUCAUCAAUUCAUUUAUGCAUUUUUAUCUGUAAUUUUCCUUGUUUUGUUAAGUGUUACUUUCAUGUAAAACUUGUUUGUUUUUAAUGAUAAUAAAAAAAUGCACUGCAUAUGCUAGUUUCGAAUCAAUCCAUUCGUGUUCACUCGUAUCUUUCUGUCUAUCGAUAUCAAACUCUUGAUUAAGCAAAAAACAUCAAAAGGAGAAUGAUGAAAAUAAAAACGCAAAAUCUCUAAUUGUAUGCUUUUGAAUAAAACCCCGCUGAGGAUGUACAGGCAUUGUUUCAGAUCCCCAAACACUGGAGAUAUAAGGGAGUGCAACCCUCGUUAACCCCUUUGAGCCUCGAAGUAGGAGUUUCUUUUUCAUACAAAAAAAAAACCCUCACAUUUAACCCAGGGGCAGGGUAGCGUUCAAUUAACCUGAUCGAGCAUUCAAAAUUCAUCAGGAGUGUGCAUCUAAGGAUACAACAAUGGUUAUCUUUCAAAAGUUUGAGGAAAGUCAAUAUCACAAUGGUAAUCCCUCAUCAAUCAAAGAAUGAGGCAGUCACAAUCACCUCCAACAAAUAAGAGAUUCAGGAUCACACGACUUGUCAAGAAAAAGUGAAUAAAAAAAAGAGCCCGCUAAGUCAAUAAUAAGUGACUUAGGCAAAAAUUAGGGCAUCCCGCUGGACUUCAAAAUAAAAUUCAAAAGAAUUUGUCCAGGCAAAAGUUAGGGAAACAAAAAAAAAGCAGAAGCGAAAAACGAGGAUUACAAAACAAAGAUCCUCAUCGAAAGAACAAAGUCGUGUGAUCAGACACCAAAUCGAAAGGUAAAGUGACUGCCAUUUCCAAAUACUUCAUUGAUUCUUCAAUCAUCUCAAACUCCUCUUGAAGGAUGAACGCUCGUACCAGGUUAAGUUGAACUUAGGACUGGAGAACAUCACGAAGAAUGGGUGGGUUAGGUUAGACUUUGAGCCUUAAAUCCUUUCUUUCUAAAACUGUGAACCAGACCACGUUACAACCCUUAAAAGACCUAAUUAAAGCAGGGUUUAUUUCAAAGGCAAGUUGUGUAAAACUGACUCCUAGAUAUUUGCUUACCAUUUAUAUUGAUAUCGAUAUGACAAAUAAUUCAAACACUGAAUGUCGCAACUUUGUUUUAAUAACUUUGAUCUCGAAGCUAGCAUAAGCAUUGCAUCAGGAUUAUCAUCUUCAAAACAAAUAUCUUUUACUUGUGAACAAACACGUGGCAUCAAGGAAGAUCGAACAAUGAACAACUGCAAAAAAAGUUGAUCGAUUCCAUGAGCCAUUCACUUCAAAGGCUGAUCACUCCGAGGGGCAAGUUGUAUGAAGACUCUGUCAACCGAGGCAUCCAUUCACCGUUGGUCAAUCUGGGGCAAUCAAGUCGAGGAAUCUCUCUUGGGUUCAACCAAUCUGGGGUAGUUACGUCGAGAUUUGACAAAUCUCUCCAAGGAUCCUUUGGGGCAAAUUCCUUCAUAGUUCGCGAAUCUUGGGCCACAAUCUUCUGAGUUUUAUUGUCUCUCCAUGAUCAUAGGAGUUUAUUUCUCCUGGAACUUCGGUUCCAUUUCCCCAACCUGGUCUCCUUGUAUGGAUUUCUCAUCCUCAACAUGGUGAAUCGAGGGAAUCUCCUCAAGCUCACCAUCCCCAAGCAAUUCAAGAUGUAGGGAAAGUCAGAAGAAGUCACUUCCUCCCCAACAAAGCUACGUUUCAAUCCUCAGUGCAGUUUCCAAUGAUCUUUGGUGCUGCAGGGUUUCCAAUACCGAUUCAUAUUGGUAGCUCAAGACAACAAGCAAGGGACCCCAAUGAUCCUGCUUCUCUAUCUCACCGAGGCCUUUAUUUGGCACUCUGCAUAUAGUUUCCAUUGCAUAUAACAUUGCAUCCUCAAAAGCGUAGCAUAUCCAUCAAAAUGGAACAUUACGCCAUAGAAAAAUUCAAACAUGCAUACAAAGCAUAAGCCAGAUAAUACAAAUCAACAUUCAAUCAAGACAAUGAUACUUCCCCACAUAAAAUGUUGUCCUUACAAACUCCGAUUGAUAUCUGUUACUACAUCACAAAUCUCCUCAAACCAUGGUGCCAAUACCUGGUAUCCUCAAUCCCCAAAAGAAAUCUCAUCUUCCCUCUCCAAUGUGGAUCGGAUGCAAUGUCUUUCUUCGUCAGAAUCGUUGUCUCCGAGGUUAUUUCCCGUAUGCUGCGCGCAGAUUAGAGUGCGAAUAAGGGUGGGCAUUCAACCCAUCUCAUUUUUCAAUCGUUUGAAUAAUCGUACUUAGUGUGUGGCAAUUCGAACGAUUGCCGCUCUUGAAGAGUUACACCCCGCCUUUGGCCUGAGGGAUUAAUGUAAUUCUUAUGCUCCGCCAGCAUCAGCAUCUCCGUGAAUCUCCAAUGUUUACCGAUGUCUUUUGAUCGAGUCUAGUCGUCACUAGUCUCUGUGAUCUCUUCCCCCGUACGGGAAAACUUUUUAGAUCCAACCCCCGUGUUGUGUAUCCUUUGCCUUCCGUCCUGGCAAACCAUUUCAAAACUAAUUCCCAAUCCCCAACCUCAGUGUUGAUAUUAAUUCUUUCUUCCCUUGAUCUCAGUGUCGAUACCUUUCUUUUCCAACCUCAGUGGUGAUGUCUAUACUUUUCUUGUCCAACCUCAGUGUUGAUACCUAUCAUUCCUUCACCGACCUCUGUGUCGAUGCCAAUCGUCAUUUACAACCUCAGUGUUGAUGUUUAUCUUUUCUCGUCCCAACCUCAGUGUUGAUGUCCUCGACCUCAGUGUCGACGACUCCCUUUCACAACCUCAGUGUUGAUGUCUCCCAACCUCAGUGUUGAUACGCUCCAACCUCAGCGUUGAUGUCCUCCAACCCCAGUGUUGAUGUUUAUUCCUUCUUUCAAUUCUUGUGGGUCGUAGGUCCGUUGAUCUUACCCUAGUUUCGAGUCAUAGAUCGUAGGCCUGUCGACCUUAUCCUCGUAUUUUUCAAUCCCUGUGGGUCGUAGGUCCGUUGAUCUUACCCUAGUUUCGAGUCAUAGAUCGCACGAGAUCUUUUUCUUUCAGUUCUGAAGAUCGUACGAGAUCCUCUUUCGAUGUUGAGUCGUAGAUCGCAAUAGAUCUAUCUCCUUUCAGUCAUUGUCUCAUACAAUCAUUCCCUUUGAGAACCUUGUAUUGGCACCACUGCUACGUUACAAGCUAUCACCAUUCAAAUCCAGUUAUUCACUGUAUAUUUCUCCACCAGAAAAACAAAAAUUCUCUUUCCCCAGCAGAUAUCAAAACAAAAAUAAAGAUAACACUUACACCAUCUUCUCUCUAGGACAAAUUUCUGGUCUUGAUAUUUAAUCUUCUUCUACCUUGAAUGUUCGAAAGGCUAGCGCCAAUCUCACCUUCAGGUUUAAGACGAUUAAAUAGGGGCAACUGUCAUACCCCAAAUUUGUCCUAACCCUAACUUUUAUCUGGUUUAGGCUUAUGCAUUUCAUAAUCUCAUGUACAUACCUCCUUAAGUCAUCUAACACAUCAUGCAUCAUUGAUCAAUAAUUUUGCAUUUGAAACAAGGAUCUUGGAAGCCAUUGUGGAUUUCUUUCUCCUGAAGUUACAAGGGUUUUCCUCUAUGAAGAUUCAUCAAGGCCAAGAGGAUAAUAAGAGGAUAAUGGUUAUUAGGCGCGGCGUCGGAAUUUGUUAAAUCCACUAAGGUUCACCAGACUUAUACUAGGAUGGUCCCCUAUGCUUCAAGUCUUGUCUUCAUCCAAAGGAUUCCUCAGGAUAUUCCGUUUGUAAUCAUUGAAUCAAGGGGUUUGUGAAGUGGAGUGCAAAGAGAACGAAUCAUGAUACAAGAUUAUGAGCUUAAAGAGAGCAUUGUAUUCAAGGCACUACUAUAUGUUCAAUUUGUUGGUAGUUUGGUUUGAAUCAAGGAAUUGAGAUUGAAUUAGAUUCACAAUGAUUUGAGGAUGAAUUUGAUUCGAUGAUAUGAUUGAUUCUACUAUUCAAAUUUCUUUCAAGACAGUUUGGUUCAAGCUAAGACUCACGGUGCAAGAAAUGAGGUUGUGAAUUGUCUUCGAUCAAGGGAUUAUCAUUUCUCCCAAUUAUUUGUUGAUUGCAAUACAAGGUGAAUUAUAUUGGAGAUUUAAUUCAGGAUCAUUUGAGAAUUGAAAUAGCAUUCAAAGUUUUCACCGACUUCAUUCAUCAAGUCCAAAUCGCCAUGAUGCAAAGUCGUAAAACAUGAUCUCAAGAUGCCUAAGUUCAUUUAACAUACAAAGGAAAUGUCACUCAAGUCAACAUGGUUCAACUUCAUAUAUUCACUCAUAAUUCAAAUAUCCCACAACUGUAUUCAAAAUUAUCAUUCAAAAAAAUCCUUAAGCGAGCACUGUUGCACUUAUUACAUUCUUACACAAAAAAAGAAGGAAAAAUUACAUGGAUGAUUCCAAUACCAAAAGAGCUUAUGCAAGGUCCCGAUUACAUCACAAUCUCUAAAUUAGCAUACCAAGUUUCAUCACAAUUCCAUAUAAUACUAAAGGGUAUUAUUAUGCAAGAACAGUAUAAGAAAAUUACAAAAUUUUGAUCAUUGGAACCUAUUUCCAGCUUGUAAAAAAGGUUCUGCACUAAAUACGAUAGAAACCGAGCCACGUUCGAAAAAGCCUAAUACUGGCAGCCAAGCUCUCGCUUAUGCUAUCAUCAUUCCAAGUCCAUUCUCCAAAGUUCUCGUCCCGUUCCAAACAAGGUUCAAAACCGGCUGCAAUAUACUUCAAACCACAAGAAAAACCGGAGCUGUUUAGUCUUCAAACCGUACCUGCACAAUGUCGAAAGUCAGACCAAAAACCAAUUCAAAAAUAACAAACAAAAGCUAACAAUAGCACCCAUGUCAGCCCUGCACAUCCAGCAAGAGUACAUGCCGGUCAAAACCUCAGCCGCGACUCCAACAAUUCAAAAUGAUUCGGAAUCGGGGAACCUGCAUUAUCAUAAAAAAUCCAGCAAGAAGACAAGUCAGUAUUCAAAACCUAAUCAAGUCCGCAGCCUUGUGUCAUAUAUGCCACAUUCCAAACCAAGAUCCAAAAACAUUCAAAAGUUAGCAUUCAUACACACAUGACUAACUUCUAACUGUUAUAAACCAUAGCCAAUUACCAACACUUUCUACUAACCAAAACUUAACAGAACCCACCCUAACUUUCUAUACUUUCAACAGCAACAACCAUCUAACAGAAAUAACAACCAACCCUCUAACCGAUUCGUAACUAACUUCCAACUCAGUACUAACUUCCUAACAGUUUCAAAACCAACUAACAUUUUAGUUGACGAAUUCUAACAGAUAUAACUGAUUCUAACCCCUUCAUAACAGAUUCAUAACCAAUUUGUAACUGAAAUCUAACAACAGAAAAUCAGAGAUUAGUUACCUGAGAACUUCUAUAUAACAGCUUCCCCACCAUUCUUCUGGAUUCUCUCGAUUCAUUCUUCCCCCAUCACCUUCAUUCUCUUCCAGAUUCUUCACCAUCUUCUUCACCACCAUUCGCUGCUUCACGCCAUCUCACCCUCAACCAUUCUUCAUUUUCCCUUCACUUCCACUCUCAAUCUUCAAACUCUCUCAACUAGCUUCUUCAUUCCAAUCUUCAUUAAUCUGAACCUUCAUCCCUUCAUCAUCUUCAAUCACACACUUCAAAAAUCUCCAUAACCUUCACUGCAGAGUACCAUCGUCAUCAACCUGCAUCGAUAUCCACAUCCAACAAUCAUCUCCAAUCUUCAGACUAUAUCAUCUUCAUCUUCAUCAACAACAAACAACGAAAGCGCAAAUAUUCAGAAGUCGAGAAAAGAAGAAUCAAAAACAGAAAAAAAGAAGGAGUUCACGAAGAGAAGAAGUUAGAGAACUCAGAACUCACCGGAAGAACUCCAUCGUGUUCCUGCGUUCAUUUCGCACGCGAACAAGCUUCGGAGUCUCCCCUCUGAUCGUUCGUUCUUUGCUUCAAUCUUCACACCAGAGGUUCAAAUCGGAGACAGACUGAGUGAGAGUUCGAACCGAAAGAUAACCAAGCUCGGAGAAGGAAAGUGUGAGCGGAAUAGAGAACAAAGACCAUCGUGCCGUAGUCAUCACGGUGGCGCUGCGAGAGUUUUCGGCGAGGGAGAUUCGAGGGAGUUCGUCGUUUUCGGCCAAGGAAGAGGAACUUGAACAUUCGUUACGUGGUAACCCUAAUCCCAAUCUCAAUUAUUCCUUUUUUUUCUUUUUUUAUUUUUCUUUAUUCAAUUAAUUGUUUUUUUUUAACUUUUAAUAAAAUCUGAAAAUAAUUGUUGUUGGAUCAUACUCCAUGGGCUUCUCACACGAAUCUCUGUUCAUGCACCCCCUUUAGCCCAUUGCAUUUCCCUGCAUUUUUGUGCUUUCUGAAAAACUAUACAAAAACAACCAUUUUGGGCCACUUCUUUGGGCCUUGUGCGCAGAUCUAUUGACUGCACCACUGUUUUACACUUAAACCCCCUGUGUGCAUAAUUCAUGUUAGAUUUAGUGUUUUUUAACUAGUUUGUUCUCCAUCAUUUUUUGGUGUAAUUAAAUGACAUAGAAAACAAUAAAAAUGUUAGUUUUAGGAUUAAUAGAUGUUAGUAUAAUUAGGCUUGAAUUAGAUUUCCCUUAUUAACAAAAAACUCAUAAAAAUAGUAGUAUUUUUUUAGGUUAAUUUUUGCACUAAUGUUUGAAUUGCUUUUGUAUCAUUUACAUGUUAAUUUUUGUAUAAUUGUUGUGAGAUUUUGUUGCUUAGCUUUUGGCCAUAUUUUUGGUCCAUUUUGUUAAUAUCAUUUUAAUGCUCCUCUUAGAAUAUAUCCCAUUACCAUGUUAACAUUAGGAUUUAGACUUGUAUAGACAACUUAGACUAGAAUUUAGGAAUAGUUCCCUUCUCAUUCUCUUUUUCUUUUCAACUUUUAAAAUACUUAAUAAAAACCUGACAAAGAUCAUACUGUCACACUUCUGAUAUAUGGUGGGAAAGAAAUGAUUGGGGCGUAGGCCCCGAUGUACGUUCUUCCCCACGUAGUAGAAAAGAAAUGAUUGGGGCGUAGGCCCCGAUGUACGUUCUUUUCUACUAAACGGAAAAGAAAUGAUUGGAAUGUAGAUUUUGAUGUAUUUCUUAUCCGUCAUUUAGAGAAUCGAUUGUGGUGUAGACCUCGAUGUGCAUUCUCUAAAUAUUCAAAGAACAAACAAAAUCCUUUCGGUAUGAUCUAAGUCACGAAUAAUUUCCCCUUUAAAAGACACCAACCAAAAACACUCAAAACACUAAUAAAUGGUCAGAUUUAAAACAAAGUAAGGAAGUGAUGCGAAUCCUUGUAGUGGGUCUUCGUCAUCAUGGAAUUACCCUUAAAAGAUACAAACCAAUCCUCUCUCUUCCCUCUUUUCUUAAGGGCAUUGUUAUCUCCGCUCCAUUGCAUCCUAGGUCGAUCCCUUAUGCAAGAGCGCGAGCGUUAACUCCGCCCAACUAAAAAACACAAAAACAAACAAAACUAUGGAGCCGAACUACGGCGCUCUGAUAACUGAAAGGGAUACGUAGGCAUUAAGUCGCGGGGCUUGAACGAGCACAUUUGUAAAUAUUCCUUCUUUUCCCCGUAUUUCUUUUGCAUAUAGGUAGGCAUAGUACACACCCUAGAUAGAAACAAACAUAGGUGGAUACCAUCGAGUACGAUGGGCGCGAGGGGUGCUAAUACCUUCCGCUCGCGUAACCGACUCCCGUACCUUGAUUCUCUGGUCGCAAGACCCUGUUCCUUCCUUUGUUAGGUUUUCUGAUAUUCAUUUCCCUUAUGGGAUAAAUAUAUUGGUGGCGACUCUGUUCCUUUUUCGCGAGCGUGCGACACCCACAUAUCAGGGAUGGAAAAGCAAUGGGUAGCUUGGUAGCAGAGGUACCAACAUGCCUCAUAGUUUGAUCAAAUAUGUAAGUUCCAUAAUCAAACUUUGUCUUGGUUCCCACAUCAUAUAUGAAUCUACCUAGGCCAACAGCAAUGGUAGAAGUGUGAUUGGUAGGCACCCAGUUAGCAGCACCAAUUUUGUGCAGCAAAGCAUACCUGACAUUAAGAAGACUAGCAGACAAUUUACUCUUUAUGGGCCAUUUCUUAACCUUACCACCAGUGAUAACUUUGCACACCUCAUUGUCAGUCACUUCAAGCUCAGGUUGAGCCUCAUCAUCCCUACCUAGAUAGAGGUUGACAACAGUUGGGGAGAAAUCUAUACAUUUUCUUCUAACAUACACCUUAUGAAAAUCCUCAGCUUUCCCAUCAGCACAAUCUUGAGACAAAUUUACUAUAAACUCCUUCACGAGCAUUUCAUAGCAUUUAGAAAGAUGAGUAACAGUUUUAAGCAAACCUGCAGAUUUGAUGAGCUUCAUGACCUCUUGACAUUCCAGAGCAUCAUUUGCAAGCUCUCUUUCCAGAGCCAGUCUUCUCUGACAAACAAACUUCCACUGGAUAGCAUUUGAAGCAUAGUGCAAAUAAAUGUUGUCCAAGGGAACAUCACGAACCUUUGUGGAGGAUUUGGUGACAGCAAUCUUCUUCUUUGAAGGGAUGUCAGGGACAUCACUUAGGACAUUGUCCUCUGAGUCAGAAACACUUCUUUCUUUCCUCUUCUUCACAGCAACCUUGCUCCCAGUUCUUGAAGAUUCAGCAGGGACCUUCUUAAUCUUUUCUUUGGUGGCAUUCUUUAGAGGAGUAACUUUAGUCUUGGGAAGAUGUUGAUCAUCAACCUGUUGUCCCCUUCGAGCCUUGACUCUGUUAGAAAUGCUAGAGAUGAGGUCAUCAUCAGCAAUGUCAAUAGGAUCAUCUAGAUUUCCAGAUCCACCACAUCAUUUACACUGUCAAUAGGGCGAGUAAGCUUCUCUUUAGGAGAAGUAGCAGUGACCUCUUCAGCUUUCUCUGUUUCAAGAAUCGCAGCAUCUUUAGCUCCAGAUGUUUCAACAUCUUUAGCAUCAGAAGUCUCAACAUUGUUAGCUUCAGAUGUCUCAACAUCAACAUGAUCUUUGCUAGCAUCAACUUGAUUGUCUUUGCUGUUCUCAGGAGCAUAAGCUUGGGCUAAAGGAACAGAUAUUCCUUCUACCUUGUGACCUUCAUUCAAGAUUCUCGUGACAAGACCUGCGAUCGCAUUGUGGACAUAUGCAGAACCCUCUUUAUCCCUAGCAGAAAAAGUUUCUGGAACGGACCCACCAGUCGAUUUUCGUGCAUGUAUCUUUCUUGGUAUACUACUAACAGGAUCAGUAGCCGGAACCGUGUUCAAGGGCACAACAUUCAUCACAACAUCCUGAUCACUCACCAUAUUUGGUGCCCUAGAAUCGGAUACUGUUUCAGAGCGGGAAGUCGUCUUCUUUGAAGGAGAAAUCUGAGACAUGCUGAGAAGGAAUGAAACGAUGGGGAAGGGUUUGUGAAUGCAGAAAAUCGGUGAGGUAGAGUGAAUGCAGAAAAUAGGAUUUGUGGGAAUAGGGACCGUUUGGAAGGAGUGAAAGUGAGGGGGAAAAUACACUUUAAUAUGCAAUGAUAACAAAUAUUUGGAGAAUAGAAUACUACUGGCCCCACAAAUGGUUAAUUGCUAUAAUUCCUCACAAAGACAAAUACCUAGCUUACUUCUCAAAUUUUCAAAUUGAUUAGCAUCCAAAGCUUUUGUGAAAAUAUCAGCCAGUUGAAGGUUAGUAGCAACAUGUUCCAAGGCGAUUACUUUAUCUUCAACAAGAUCUCUUAUGAAGUGAUGUCUAAUAUCAAUGUGCUUGGUCCUACUAUGCUGGAUAGGAUUCUUUGAAAUAUUAAUGGCACAUAGGUUGUCACAAUAUAAUGUCAUGACAUCUUGUGUGACAUUAUAUUCUGUUAACAUUUGUUUCAUCCAAACAAGCUGAAAACAACUACUUCCUGCUGCAAUGUAUUCUGCCUCUGCAGUGGAUAGGGAUACACAAUUUUGUUUCUUGCUGAACCAUGAGAUAAGGUUAUUCCCCAAGAAGAAACAUCCUCCUGACGUACUUUUUCUGUCAUCAGCACUUCCAGCCCAAUCUGCAUCACAAUAUCCAGUGAGAAUUGGUUCACACCCAUGAGAGUAGAGCAUACCAUACUCACAAGUACCAUUCACAUAUUUCAGAAUCCUCUUGACUUGAUUUAUGUGACUGAUCUUGGGUUCUGCUUGAUAUCUAGCACACACCCCAACAGCAAAAGCAAUAUCAGGCCUACUAGCUGUGAGAUACAGCAGACUUCCUAUCACGCUUCUAUACAAACUUUGAUCAACAUUAGUGCCCUUUUCAUCUUUGGACAAUUUUAAAUGAGUAGGUGCAGGUGUUCUUUUGUGACUAGCAUUUUCCAUCCCAAAUUUUUUGACAAUGUUUUUGGCAUACUUGCUCUGAGAGAGAAAAAUUGAGUCUUCCACCUGUUUAACUUGCAGCCCAAGAAAGUAAGUUAAUUCUCCAACUAGACUCAUUUCAAAUUCUGAUUGCAUCUGAUCAACAAAAUGUCUAAUCAUCUUGUCUGACAUCCCACCAAACACAAUAUCAUCCACAUAGAUUUGAGCAAUCAGGAUCUUUCCUCCUUCAUCUUUAACAAAAAGAGUUUUAUCUAUCCCUCCUUUCCUGUAACCAUUACUAGUAAGAAACUCAGUUAGUCUCUCAUACCAAGCUCUAGGAGCUUGUUUCAGGCCAUAAAGAGCUUUUCUUAGUUUGUACACAUGAUCAGGAUGGUUUGGAUCAGCAAAGCCUUUAGGUUGUUCCAUAUAAACUUCCUCACUCAAGUAUCCAUUUAAGAAAGCACUCUUCACAUCCAUCUGGUAUAGUUUGAAUUUUAGAAUACAAGCAACUCCUAACAACAAUCUAAUUGACUCAAGUCUAGCAACAGGAGCAAAAGUUUCAUCAAAGUCAAUUCCUUCAACUUGAGUGUAUCCUUGAGCAACUAGCCUUACUUUGUUUUUGAUAAUAGUUCCCAGUUCAUCUGACUUAUUCUUGUAAACCCAUUUUGUUCCAAUGACAUUUGUACCUUUAGGUCUUGGAACCAGCUCCCAUACUUCAUUCCUUUCAAACUGGCCUAGUUCUUCUUGCAUAGCAUUAAUCCAAAACUCAUCUGUCAAUGCUUCCUUAACAUUCUUGGGUUCAAUUUUUGAUACAAAACAGGAGUUUGAGACCUGUUCUCUUGACCUUGUAACAACUCCACUGUUGGGAUCUCCUAUAAUAAGUUCACUAGGAUGAUCUUUUUGAACUCUUAUAGAGGGUCCUUUGUUAGAGGGUUCAGCUUCAACUUCUGUAACAGUAGGACUUCAAUCAUCUUCUUUCUUAGAUCCUUCAGCUGCGGGUUCCCAGAAUGUUCCAACAUCAUCUGUGACAUCUGCUUGUUUGUGAACAUCAUCAACCACUACAUUUAUGGAUUCCAUGAUUAUUCUGGUUCUUGAGUUGAAAACUCUAUAGGCUCUGUUGUUUGUAGAGUAGCCCAGAAAAAUCCCUUCAUCACUCUUGGAAUCCAUCUUCCUUCUGUGAUCUCUAUCAGCAAGAAUGUAACACUUACUACCAAACACAUGGAAGUAUUUGACAGUGGGUUUUCUUCCCUUCCAGAUCUCAUACAAAGUGGUAGAGGUUCCCUUCCUUAAGGUAACUCUAUUAUGAACAUAACAGGUAGUAUUCAUGGCUUCAUCCCAUAAAUAAAUAGGGAGUUUCUUAGCAUGAAUCAUAGCUCUGGCUGAUUCUUGAAUGGUUCUAUUUUUACUUUCAACAACCCCAUUUUGCUGUGGAGUAAUAGGAGAUGAAAAUUCAUGGUGUAUCCCUUCAGAGGAGCAGAAAUCAGCAAACUUUUGAUUCUCAAAUUCCUUUCCAUGAUCACUUCUGAUUCUCAUAACAUCAUUUUCCUUUUCCCUUUGAAUUCUUUGACACAGGUCUUUGAAUACAUCAAACACAUCUGACUUCUCUCUGAUGAAGUUUAUCCAAGUGUAUCUGGAGUAGUCGUCCAUAACCACAUAAGCAUAUUUCUUUCCACCAAGACUUUCCAUUUGCAUAGGUCCCAUCAAGUCCAUAUGAAGCAGUUCUAGAACCCUGGAAGUAGUUAGAUGUCUAACCUUUGGAUGUGACAUCCUGGUUUGUUUUCCUACCUGACAUUCACCACAUAUUUUUCCUUCAUCAAUUUGUAACUUGGGAAUUCCUCUCACAGCUUCCAUAGAAAUAAUCCUUUUCAUACCUCUUAGAUGAAGGUGACCAAGUCUUUGAUGCCACAACUUUGCUUCUUCUUCUUUAGAACAUACAGUUGAGUAGCUAGAUUCAUGAGAAACCUACAAGUAACCGUUAUCUUUGGAUCUGACUCCCCUCAUUACUACUUCCUUUCCUUCAUUAGUAACCACACACUCAGCUUUAGUGGAGUUAACUUGGUAUCCUUGGUCACAAAGUUGACUAAUGCUUAUGAGAUUAGCAGUCAAGCCUUUGACCAACAAGACACCUUCCAGAUUUGGAACUCCUGAGCAGUCUAGUUUUCCAACCCCUUUGAUUUCUCCUUUAGCUCCAUCACCAAAAGUUACAUAGCUAGUAGAAUGGUUUUUGAUAUCUACUAAUAGAUUCUUGAUUCCAGUCAUGUGUCUGGAACAUCCACUGUCAAAAUACCAAUCUUCUUUGGUUGAUACUCUGAGAUAUGUAUGAGCUAUUAAAGCCAUAUUUUUAGGUGUCCACUGUUGCUUCUUGAUGGGCAUGAUCUGCUUGGGUCUGUAGUAUGGAGCUUGGUCUGGGUAUCCAUAUAAUCUGAAACAGAAGGGCUUAAUGUGUCCAAAUCUACCACAGUAAUGGCAUCUCCAUCUUUGAAAUUUCCUCUUCAUUUUACUUUUGUCAUGAUGUUGAGUCACAUGUUUUGACAUCGGGUUCAACAUCUUAGAUUCUGGUUUAGCAUUACUACUAGCUUGAGGAUGUUUCUUUGCACCAACAAAUCCUAUACCAGACAUAUCUCCUGAACCCUUUCCAAUCUGUAAAAUCUCUUCCAACAUAUCAGAACCACUGCUUAACAUUUUGACAGAUUUUGACAUCUGAUCAAGUUUGGAUGUUAGCAUGGUAACUUCACUGUUUAGACCAGAUAUAGUUUCACGAAGCCCUGUGUUAUCAGCCUCCAACUGGACUAUGUAUUUCUUCUGCUUUUCACCUUGUUGACAGACUUCAGCACUUCUGAUACAUAGCUUCUUGUAAGAUGCUGCCAAUUCUUCAAAUGUUAGCUCAUCUUCACUAGAAUCUUCAUCAGAGACACAAACACCAGUAAGGGCUGUGACAUGUUUGGCAGAUUCUUCUUCAAAAUCACUCUCAGAAUCUUCAUCAGACCAGGAGACUGACAGUCCUUUCUUUUGUUUCUUGAGAUAAGUGGGACAUUCAGCUCUAAUAUGUCCAUAUCCUUCACAUCCAUGACAUGAAUUCCUUUGCCUUGAUUGUACUUUUCUUCAGGUUUUACCUUUCUGCUAGAGUCAUAGGAUCUGUUAGUGUCAGAUGAUAUGUUCUUGACAUUUGGUCUUGACUUUUGAUCCAUUCUUCUCAUAAUCUUGUUAAAUUGUCUUCCAAGCAUGGCUAUAGAUUCAGAUAGAUUUUCUUCUCUACCUUCCUCUACUUCUUCUUGAGAGUUGGACACAAAAUCUAGACUUUUAUUCUUCUUUUCAGUAUUGUCACUGAUCCCCAUCUCAAAGGUUUGAAGAGAUCCAAUUAAUUCUUCUACCUUCAUAUUGCUGAUAUCCCGUGCCUCUUCUAUAGCUGUGGCUUUCAUAUCAAAUCUCUUCGGCAAGGAUCUAAGGAUCUUUCUCACUAGCUUUUCAUCAGACAUUUUUUCUCCUAAAGCUCCUGAGGUAUUAGCAAUUUCAAGUAUAUUCAUGUGAAACUCAUGAAUACUUUCAUCAUCUUUCAUCCUUAGAUUCUCAAACUUUGUAGUUAGCAACUGAAGUCUUGACAUCUUAACUUUGGAAGUGCCUUCAUGAGUAGUUCUGAGGGUAUCCCAAACAUCUUUGGCUAGUUCACAAUGGUGUACUAGUCUGAAUAUAUUCCUAUCAAUUCCAUUGAAUAGAGCAUUUAAAGCUUUAGAGUUGCCAAGAGCCAGCUCCUCCUCAUCUUUGCUCCAUUCUUCCUCAGGUUUGAGGGAUGACUUGCCAUCUUUUCCAGUAGUGACAGGAUGUUCCCAUCCUUUGUUUGCAACUCUCCAUGCUUUACUAUCCAAGGAUUUCAGAAAAGCCACCAUACGAGGUUUCCAAUAAUCAUAAUUAGAUCCAUCCAGAAUGGGUGGUCUGUUCACAAAUCCACCACCUUCCUUGUCCAUAGUACCAGAAAGUGCUGUCCCUAGAUCUCACCCAGUAAGAAAAACAGGCAGGGUGCCUGCUCUGAUGCCAAUUGAAAUUUUGGAGUCAGAUACUUGAUGUCGAAUAGGAUGUCACGACACUACUAUCUGAAUAAUUUUAAACCAAUGAACAAGAAAGAAACAAACAAAUAACAAACAACAAAAGAGAGUUGUUAACCCAGUUCGGUGCAAACACACCUACAUCUGGGGGCUACCAAGCCAGGGAGGAAGUCCACUAUAAGUAGUAUCAAUUUAGAGUAAUACAGUUCAAUAUUACACCUUUCACUUAAUAUCUAUCCAAUGCAACUUCAACCUAAUACUACUUAGAUCAAAGAUUCCACUCACUCCCCCUCAAUCACAGCAGUGAUGAAUAACACUCAACGAAUAUGAAUAGAAGACACACUUCAAGGACACAACUUGAUCUUGCUUAAAAGCUUCAAUCAAGAACAAUGAUACUCUUGCUUAAAAGCUUCAAGUACCUCUUACAACUCAAACAAAAACACCUAGACCAAGACAAUGAUCAUGAUGAUUGUUUGGCUCACAAGAAAGCUAGAACUUAAAAACCCUAAUAACGAAAACCUCUUAAAACUUCUCUUAGAAAAACUGUACACGGGCUGCAGCUUCUUCCUAAUAUAUAUAGCCUUCAAAACGCAGCAGCUGGGCCUUGGAUCCAAAUUAGUCUUUAACCUAAUUAAACUAAUUUCCACAAAUCAAGGAACCAAAAUAAGAGGAAUUAAAGACGUCCUUGAAAAGAUCAAACAGAUCAUAAUCUAAUAUUUCCAAGUGAGGCGCAGUCCAAUAUUUCCAAGUAAGGCGCAUAGGAUCUUAACAGAUCACACAAACAGAAUUAGUAACAGAAUAAGAUGUAACAGCUACGGAUGUCAUCACAUCGGCCUUGACAUCAGGUAAAGGCCUGCACAAAUAAAGAUUUCACUACAGUAAAAUGCAUGUCAUGACAUCAGUUUUGACAUGAUAAUAUCACAAUGAGUUUUACCAAAAAUUACAGCCAAUCAACAACAUAUACAAAGAUGAUGCAUUUGGGUUCUUGAGGUCAUGUCCCAAGCUAUUAGGUCAAAUUCUGAGCAAAAGUCAGGAGUAUGCUGUCUUCAGUCAAAACCCUAAUUUGGUCGAUUCAGAGCUUUGGAGCUUGUUAAAAUGAAUCAUUGAGGACCAAAUAUUGAUUGUUGAUGAAGAUGGUUCAUUUGAGAUGAAGGGAGAACAAAAACCUAAUUGGUUGUUGCUUGUACUGAUGAGUGAUUUCUUGAUUAAACCCUGCUGAGCACAAGUAGAAAACACAAGCUAUGCAGUUUGUUAGAGAUGCAAAUGAUGCACAUGCAAAUGAUAUGAGGUGGUAUCUUAGGUCAAAAAUUGGGGUAUGACACAUAAGACUGACAAGAAAGAUGGAAGUAUCAACUGUUGCACUCCUUUGAUCUGUAAGUGGCUUAUUUCGCACUUACCUCAGACUAGGAAUUUCUUGAGCAAUCCUGAUGGUCUCCGAUGGUCUCGGAAGAUUAUGCCUCUUAUUGAUGGUAUUAUUCAUUGGUACAAUCCUGCUUAUGACAUUGGUGAAAUUAUCGAUAGUUUUGGAGAAUUCUCCAAUGUACCUCUUCUUGGUAUACACGGGGGAAUAACCUACAACCCUAUUCUUGUGUGGCGUCAAUUUAGUUACCCCAUGAAGGAGUGACCUGCUAGUAUUCUUGUGUCAGGAAUCUUUUAUCACAAUAAGGAUGGAGAUUCGGAUAUGAGAAAUCGGUUUGUGCGUGCUUGGCACAAUAUUGAUAGGAAGAGAGAUUUGGGAAAGAAUCAAUGUGUUGCUCUUAACGACUACACUAAUUGGGUUCAAGCUAGAGCUCAUACUCUUCAGAUGCCUUAUUUACUCGAGGAGCCCUCUCUACCUGUUGCUCCAUCAUCAUCUUCCACUAUUCCCAUUGAGAGUAGGGAAGAGUAUCGAGAGCUCAUGGCUAGGGUGAAAUUGGAAAGGGAUACUUAGGAAAAGAAGUUUUAUGCUUCAGAGAUCGAGAAUAAAGAAUUGAAGAAGCAAUUGAAAGAAAAAGACGACAUGCUUUAUCUUCAGGAUGGUUGGUUGAUAGAAAAGCAUGAUCAGAGUCGUUUCGUCGUCAGGAAGAGCUACUUCAGCAACAUGGCGAGAAGCAGAAGAGACAACAAGAGGAUUUAUUUUCCUCUGAUAGUCAGGAAGAUUCAGUUGCAUGGAAGGAAGUUGCAGAUAAGCUGAUGGUCGAGAAGACUCAUAUGAAGGCCUUUUAUGAAGAUGAGUUGGAGAAGCUCCGCGGGGAAGUUGCAAAAAGGAGUUGGAUCUUCAUCAGAAGUGUUUUCUUCUAGCUUUUAGUUUUAUUCUGUAAUCUUGUAUUUUCAACAUUUUGUAAGCCUUUCCGUUAUUAAUGAAAGAAGUUUGUUUUUUAGUUGUAUUUUAUAUAUGUUGUAUUUUUAUGAUCUUUACAAUUAAUGUGGUAAAGUUCUGUGAAAACCAAUCAAAAAUAAAAAAAAAAUCAUUUGCAUUGUAUUUCAUGCAAAAUUCCGCAUUUUGGUCUUGCUUUCGAGAGUAUUUCCGAGGUCUUAUUCAAUGUUCUUCAUACAGAAUCAAGUUGUCUCACCGGUAUAACACUCGAGCUAACUGCAAAAAGAAGAUGGAACGUCUUGAACAAGAGAACCGUGAGUUACGUGAAGAGGUUGUUACUUUGAGAUCUGGGGUGGAGCGUCUCACUGCUCUAGUCGAGACAUUGAUGGCUGCUCAGAAUCAGAAUCAGAAUCAGGUUCCUCUUCCUUCCAAUGCUCAAACUCAAGGUUAGCCACAAAGUCAGACCACUAUGAUCUCUGAGAUGGUUGCUGCAACAAUUCCUACAAAUCUUGCUGCUGCUAGUCAACAACGUAUGCCUAAUGGAUAUCCCUGGGGUAUGCUUGAAAGUUAUUUUUCUAUUCCUGUGAUGACUCGUUCUCUGACUCCUGUCAUGGUCACUACACCUCCAAUUGUUCAUACUGGUCCUUUUGUCCCAGAGCACAUUUAUGAUGUUGCGCCAAGUGAAGGUUUGGGUAUUCACGACAGAAUGGAUGGUUUCCAGGAUCUGUUUGAAGAAUUGCAGAAAGAGAUGAAAUCCCUUCGAGGAAAAGAAUUGUUUGGAAAGAAUGUGCAUGAUCUUUGUCUUGUUCCCAAUGUGAAAGUACCUACUAAGUUAAAGUUGCCGAAAUUUGAGAAGUAUAAGGGAAAUUCUUGUCCUCAGGUACAUAUGCUGAUGAAUGUAAGAAAGAUGUCCACUCACACUAAUAAUCAGCGUCUGUUGAUCCAUUAUUUCCAAGACAGUUUGACUGGAGCUGCUUCUAAAUGGUAUAUGGGCCUUGAUAGCACCCAUAUUCGCACUUUUAAUGACCUAGCUGAGGCAUUUGUUAAGCAAUACAAGUACAAUGUAGACAUGGCUCCUAAUCGAGAUCAGUUGAGAGUUGUGACGCAGAAAGAAAAGGAAUCCUUUAAGGAAUAUGCUCAGAGAUGGCGUGAAGUAGUCGCCUAAGUGAUUCCUCUGAUGGAAGAGAAAGAGAUAACUAAGAUUUUCCUGAAGACUCUUGGUCCGUUUUACUAUGAGAGGAUGAUUGCAAGUGCUCCUGUGGACUUCAGUGAAAUGGUGGGUAUGGGUGUCAGGCUUGAAGAAGCUGUAAGAGAAGGUCGUGUGGCUCAGAAUGACAAUCCGUCUCGUAAUGCAAAGAAGUAUGGUUCGUCUUUCCAAAAGAAGAAGGAAUCAUAUGCUAAUGCUGUUUCUCAUGGAAGGAAUAGUCGAUCUAGAAGUCAACUUUAACAAGUGGCGUCAGUGACUCCCAUUAUGAAUUCAGCUCCUCUGGCUCCUGCUAAUCAACAGCCAGCAAGACAAAAUCCGUCUCCUCAAAUUAAUUUUGAUCCCUUUCCUAUGACGUACACAGAAUUGUACCCUGCUCUGAUUCGUAAGAAUUUGGUUCAGACAAGGUCACCACCUCCUGUUCUUGAGAAGCUCCCUUGGUGGUACAAAGUUGACACUACUUGUGCUUUCCAUCAGAAUGCCCCUGGGCAUGACUUAGAGAGUUAUUGGCCUCUAAAGAAUGAAGUUUUGAGAUUAAUCCGUUCUGGUAUGCUCUCAUUCCGUGAUAUUGGUCCUAAUGUGCAAAAUAAUCCUUUGCCUCCUCAUGAAGUAUCUGCUGUGAAUAUGGUGUAUGGAUGUCCUGGGAAGUAUCGUAUUUAUCAUGUGCAACACAUCAGAGGAUUGUUGGUAGAUAUGCACGCCACUCUGUGUGAAUAUAGUCAUUAUGAGCAUAAUCAUGAUGCUUGUAGAAUUUGUUCAGUCAACUCUUGAGGAUGUUAUGUUGUGAGAAGGGAUUUGCAAGAGAUGUUGGAUCAAGGGCUCAUUGAGAUUCUUAGAGACAGAGAUGAAGAUGAUGUCAAUGUGAUUGAGCCGUAUUUUGAAAUACCAGAAAGUGUAGAAAUUGGUUAUUAUGGAAAAGCUGCUGUAGAGACACUUGUGAUAUGUUUGCCUGGAGCUGUACCCUAUAAUUCUGACAGAGUUAUGCCAUAUAGGUACAAUGCUCCUAUGCUGGAAGGUGGAAAAGAAGUAGAGAUUAAGCAUUUAUCUUCUGUUGAGAAUAUAGAAAAUGUCAGUAGAAUGACUAGAAGUGGGCGAGUCUUCACUCAACCCCACGUAGUUGUGGAUAUUCAGAAGAAUCCCACUCAAGUGCCUGUGACUACUAGUGAUGCGACAAAAGUGAAUGAUGGGUCGUCUUCAGGAAAAGAGAUGGAUGCGAUUUUGAAGCGUAUCAAGAUGAGUGAUUACAAGAUUGUGGAUCAGUUGCAUCGUACUCCCUAUAAGAUCUCUAUAAUGGAAUUGUUGACAAGUUCUCCUGCUCAUAGAGAUUCUUUGAUGAAUGUGCUUGAUCAAGCUUUCAUGGAUCAUGAUGUGACAUUGGAUCAGUUUAAAGGGGUUAUGAGUAACAUUACUGAGUGUAACAAUUUGAGCUUCAGUGAUGAAGAUUUGCCUCAGGAAGGAAGAAAUCAUAAUUUGGCUUUACACAUCUCUGUUAGUUGUAAAGAGGAUUUGUUGUCAAAUGUGUUGAUUGAUACUGGUUCAUCGUUGAAUGUUAUGCCAAAAUCUACUCUUGCUAAACUUUCUUAUGGAGACACACCAAUGAGAUAUAGCAAUGUGAUUGUGAAGGCCUUUGAUGGAUCAAAGAAGUCAGUAGUGGGGGAAGUUGAUUUUCCCAUUUGUGUUGGCCUGUCUAUCUUCAAGAUUACCUUUCAAGUGAUGGACAUAUUUCCUGCGUAUAGCUGUUUGUUGGGACGCCCAUGGAUCCACGAAGUUAGGGCAAUUACUUCUACUCUUCACCAGAAAUUGAAAUUUGUGGAGGAUGGAAAGAUGGUUGUUAUGAAUGGAGAACAAGCUUUGUUGAUUAGUCAUCUAUCUUCAUACCGUACUGUUGAAGCUAAUGAAGCUAUCAUUGGAACUGUGUUCCAAGCCCUGUCUGAUAAUGAUGAGUUCAAUAAAGAUGAAGCCUCCAUUGCGUCCUUCAAAGAUGCAGCAGGUGGUUCAGAAAGGACACUCAGGAGUAUGGGGACAAGUAGUGAGUUUUCAAGAGAAUAAGAAUAGAGAUGGUUUGGGAUUUUCUUCCUCAAACAAGUCUAUGAUGAAGCCAGAAUCUGCUUUUCGCCCUUAUCAGGAGAUUUUUUGUAGUGUUAGGUUCCUAUAUCCGAGCUAAGCAUGCCAAACUUUGUGACUCAUGGAAAGCUGAUCAAGAACUGGAUCACCGUGGAUGUUCCAGAUUGUACUCAUGCUUCAAAGUAAUUUGUUUUUUAUGUUUUUCAAAAUCCUUUCACUUUUCCCAAGGUGAAAGUGACAUUGUUGGGGCUUUUCCUGUUUGUUUCAAACAUUAAAAUCAUCAAUAAAAGUCAUUUGUUUCUGCAUAUAUAUGCUUUUUAUCUUUUUGCUUUUUUUUUUCUAGAAAGUGGUAACACAAAAAACCUUAAAAAUAUGUUUGUCAUAAUUUGCAUGAUUACAUGUUUGCAUAUGUUCUUUCCUUUUCCUGAAAUAAUAAUCACUUGUGCAGAUUAAUCAAUGAAACCGUUGAAAGUAAUGACCCUACACCCUCUCCCAACUUCGAGUGUCUUGUGUAUGAGGCGGAAGAAGAAAGUGAAGAAUGUGUUCUUGACGAGAUUUCCUGAUUGCUUGAGCACGAGGAAGACACCAUUCAGCCAUAUAAAGAGCCGUUAGAAGUCAUCAACUUGGGUUCUGAAAAGGAUAAGAAGGAAGUCAAGAUUGGGGAACUACUUGGUCAAGAUGUUAAGAAGAGGAUGGUAGAGCUUCUUAAAGAGUAUGUUGACAUUUUUGCUUGGUCCUAUCAAGAUAUGCCUGGGUUGGACACAGAUAUUGUGGAGCAUCGUUUGCCGUUGAAACCUGAAUGCGGUCCUCUUAAGAAAAAGCUAAGGAGAAGUCAUCCUGAUAUGGCGGAGAAGAUUAAGAAUGAGGUUUUGAAGCAGAUAGAUGCAUGCUUCCUUGUCACUUCCGUAUAUCCUCAAUGGAUUCCCAAUAUUGUGCCUGUUCUGAAGGACGGGAAAGUUCAUAUGUGCGUGGAUUAUAGAGAUUUGAAUAAGGCCAGUCCAAAAGAUGAUUUUCCUCUACCUCACAUUGAUAUGUUGGUAGAUAAUACGACAAAGUUUGAGAUUUUCUCCUUUAUGGAUGGUUUCUCAGGAUAUAACCAGAUUAAGAUGGCACCUGAGGACAUGGAAAAGACAAUUUUCAUCACACCAUGGGGAACAUUCUGUUACAGAGUAAUGCCUUUUGGGUUGAAGAAUGCUAGCGCGACAUACCAAAGGGUCAUGACCACUCUUUUCCAUGAUAUGAUGCACAAAUAAAUUGAGGUUUAUGUGGAUGACAUGAAUGCCAAGUCUCGAUCAGAGGAGGGGCACGUGGAGGAUCUUUUAAAGUUGUUUCAGCGUUUGAGGAAGUAUCGUCUCCUCUUGAAUCCAAACAAAUACACUUUUGGUGUCCGUUCCGGAAAAGUGUUGGGUUUCAUUGUCAGUCAGAAAGGAAUUGAAGUAGAUCCUGAUAAUGUUAAAGCAAUUCAAGAGAUUCCAGCACCAAAAACUAAGAAACAAGUAAGAGGUUUCUUCGGACGUUUGAAUUAUAUCUCUAGGUUCAUCACCAAUAUGACAACUACCUGUGCCAAUUUUCAAGUUGUUAAAGAAAAAUCAAGGAUGUGAGUGGAAUGAAGAUUGCCAAAAAGCUUUUGACAAUAUCAAAGAAUAUCUGCUUGAACUCCUGUUUUUCUCCCUCUAGUUGAAGGAAGGCCUCUGAUUAUGUACCUCACAGUGCUUGAGAAUUCAAUGAGAUGUGUGUUGGGUCAACAUGACGAGUCUGGUCGAAAAGAGUAUGUAAUAUACUAUCUUAGAAAAAAGUUUAGCGAGUGCGAAACAAGAUACUCGCUGCUUGAGAAAACUUGUUGCGCUUUGGCGUGGGCUGCUCGCCGACUGAGACAGUAUAUGUUGGUUCACACCACCCUAUUGAUUUCCAAAAUGGAUCAUAUUAAGUACAUAUUUUAAAAUCCUGCAUUAACUGGAAGGAUUGCUCGCUGGAAAAUGUUAUCUGAAUAUGAUAUUGAAUACCGCGCUCAAAAAGCCGUGAAAGGAAGUGUGUUAGCAGAGUACCUUGCUCACCAACCAAUUAAGGAUUAUCAGUCUAUCAGAAUGGAUUUCCCGGAUGAGGAUGUGAUGUAUUUGAGAGCUCGAGAUUGUGAUGAACCUUUUCCAGAAGAAGGACUAGAACCUGGAUCCCAAUGGGGCUUAAUUUUUUAUGGAGCUUCUAAUGUUCAUGGGCAUGGUAUUGGUGAUGUUAUUAUCACUCUGCAAGGUUCACAUAUUCCCUUUACUGUAAGGAUAUGCUUUGAUUAUACAAAUAAUAUUGCUGAAUAUGAAGCUUGCAUUAUGGGACUUGAAGAAGCUAUUGAUUUGAGAAUUAUGAUUCUUGAUGUUUAUGGAGAUUCUGCGCUUGUGAUUAAUCAGAUUAAAGGAGAAUGGGAAACGCAUCAUCCUGGCUUGAUCCCUUACAAAGAUUAUGCCAGAAGGUUGUUGACAUUUUUCAACAAAGUUGAAUUCCACCACAUCCCUCGAGAUGAGAAUUAGAUGGCUGAAGCUUUGGCCACACUGUCUUCCAUGUACAAGGUGAAUUUCCAUAAUGAGGAACCUCAUAUUACAAUCAGGCGUCUUGAUAUACCUUCUCAUGUGUUCGCAGUUGAGGAAGUAAAAGAUGAAAAACCUUGGUAUUAUGAUAUUAAGCAUUUUCUUCAGACCCAAGAGUACCCACUUGGGGAAUCCAAUAAGGAUAAGAAGACUCUGAGGAGAUUUCAUGAUAGUUUCUUCAUCAAUGCAAAUGUUUUGUAUAAGAGAAAUUAUGACAUGGUUUUGCUCAGAUGCGUGGAUAGACACGAAGCAGACAUGUUGAUGCAUGAAAUUCAUGGAGGUUCUUUCUCUACCCAUGUCAAUGGACAUUCAAUGGCUAAGAAGAUGCUUCGAGCAGAUUACUAUUGGUUGACAAUGGAAUCUGAUUGCUAUAAGUUUGUAAAGAAAUGUCACAAGUGUCAAGUGUAUGCAGAUAUGAUUCAUGUGCCUCUGACACUUCUCAAUGUUAUUUCUUCUCCAUGGCCUUUCUCUAUGUGGGGCAUUGAUAUGGUUGGGAUGAUUGAACCCAAGGAUUCGAACGGACAUCGAUUCAUUCUGGUAGCAAUUGAUUAUUUUACCAAGUGGGUAGAAGCUGCUUCAUAUGCUAAUGUGACUAGGCAGGUUGUGGUCAGAUUUAUCAAGAACAACAUCAUCAGCAGAUAUGGUGUGCCUAGCAAGAUAAUUACCGAUAAUGGUUCAAAUCUGAAUAUCAGUAUGAUGAGGGAACUAUGUGAGUAUUUUAAGAUUGAACAUCACAAUUCUUCUCCCUAUCGGCCAAAGAUGAAUGGAGUGGUAGAAGCGUCUAACAAGAAUAUCAAGAAGAUUGUUCUGAAGAUGGUUGUUACGUACAAGGACUAGCAUGAGAUGCUCCCUUUUGCUUUACAUGGGUACCGUAUAUCCGUUCGUACUUCGAUAGGGGAAACUCCCUUUUCUAUGGUUUAUGGUUGUUGCACCCCAAAAUUUGCCCAUCUAAUUAUUCUUAAUUGGCUUACAUAUCUCAUUCAUUUGCAUUUUUGGGUCAUCAAUAAAAUCACGCAUUCGUUAAUAAUUUGAAGUAAGAUUGAGGAUCUUGGGUGUAAGGACUCCUUUAUGGCUCUUAAUAACUAUUCAUAUGCUGAAUAAAAGUCAUUCUCUGACUCUAUUUAUCUGAUUCUAUCUAUCACCAAUUUAAGGGGUUCAUACAAUUGUUUGAGGCACAUGAAAUGAACCCUAGUUUGUGCGGUAAGGCUAUAAUGAGUCCAUUUAUCUUUUGGUGCUUCAAACCAAAGUCUCAUAUAUAUCCAGUUUGCUUCAAAUACAAAAUAUCAUGGAUUUUAGAUUUGAUCAAGACAUUAAGUAUUGAAUUUGAAUUUAAUUAUUAUGGAGCACAAGCUUGAUUCAAAGGUCUUCAUUCAAGAUUUAUACUAAUAUGAUUCAAGAAAAUUCUAUCCAACUCCUUUUCAUCCCAUUCAAAACUCCAUACAAGUUUCACAUACAAGAUUUGCUCAUAGUUGGCCUCUUAAGAUUCAUCAUUAUCACAUACAAGAUUUGCUCAUAGUUGGCCUCUUAAGAUUCAUCAUUAUCAUUACAAGCUUCACCCACCUCAAAGUUCAAACAAAAUAACGAUACAUGUUCAUACAAUGCCAUGGUCCAAGUCAUAUUACAAAAAAAAUACACAUCUAGAAAUCUAAACCUCAUGCUACUACAUUGCUUCUAUACAUGAAAUCAUUUGUUCCUAAAUCUUCAAAUCACUGCUCCAAACUUCACUUUAUAAUCUAUGACCAUUCUUAAAAGUGUGUUGCCAACAUCAAUUUCUAACCUCACUUCACAACAGUACUUCAGUUAACCUGCAAUCAAAUCAGAACAUACGUCAUUAUCAAAAAAAAUAUAUCAAAGUCACAAUACACAUACAUGUUCACAUCAUUCUGCAGAAGAACAAAUUCAAGUGAUGCAAUCCAUUCAUAAUGUUAAACCAAAUACUACUAACCAAGAUCAGUUCAAGGCAAAGCAUGAAGGAAACCAAAUGUAUAUUUAAUUCUGUCCAAAACCAAUCAGCCAGCAUAACCACAAAACAGAGCCACAGCAGAAAAGAAUUAUAACUACCUCUAACCUAUUUCCAUUUUAACCUAUAACAGAUUUUCAACCAACCCCCUCACUAUUCCUAACCUCCAUUCUAUUUCUAAAUCAGUCCCUACCACUCUAAACCUUCCUAACCAAUUAUGCUGACUGAUUCUUAACAGAAUUAUAACAACCUAUAACCGAUUCAGUUACAAACUCUAACAGAAUUACUAACCACCCUAACCAACUUUGUAACUGAUUCUAACCACUUGCUAACCGAAACUUCCAGAGGAUAACACAUAACUAACAGUUUAACAGAAAAACAGGAUUAACCAACCUCUAUAUAACAGGUUCCCCACCAUUCUCAUGAGCUCUCGACCAUUUGUUCACCCUCCACCAUUCUUCCAAUUUCUCAGCUUCUUCACCAUUUUCAAUCACCUUCAAAUCGCCACCAUCUUCAUCACUUCAAAGCUCUUCAACCUCCAUCUUGCUACCUUCACCUUCAUACUGCAACUUCAUACCUCACGCUCCAUCUCCUUCAUCAAUCUUCAUCAACUUCAAAUCAAAUCAUCCUCACGCAUCAAUCUUCCUCUCAAUAACACCGCAUAACGCCGUCCAUCACACAGAAGCAUAGCGAGAAAAGAAGAAUCAAAAAAGAGAAAAAGAAGGAGUUCACGAAGAGAAGAAGUUAAAGAACUCAGAAAUCACCUGAAGAAUUCAUCAAUUGCGCACACUGAAGAGCUUUUGAUUCUCCCCUCUGGUUUUCCUCAAUAACUAUCAUCGAGCUUCAUACUCUCCAGGUAAACACUAUAACUUUCCGAUUCUUGCAUUCUUUCUCAUCUACGAGGUGCUAGAGCUUGUUCUGUUGACCAAAAUCCCUAUGGUGGUAGCUUCUAAUUGGAUCGAAAUUGUUGUGUAAACCGGUUGAUAUCACUUAGGUUUUUGUUCGUUCCGUUUUGAGGAUUAGAGAGUGAGAACGAGAGAUUAAUGUGGAAUCACGUUAGGCUAAACUCGAAAUUAGGAAGGAGAGGUCGUUGGUGGUGCGUUCAUCACGGCGGCGCCUUGUAGUAGGUUCAGAGCUAAUCAAAGUGAGGAAGUGAUGCGAUGCCUUGUAGUAGGUUUUCGUCCAUCAUGGAAUCACACAUAAAAGACACAAACCAAUCUCUUUUCUCUCUUGCCUCCGAGGCAUUCUUUCCCUUGCCUUCAGGGCAUUCUUUUCUCCUAACCGGACACGUUAUUUCCGCUCCAUUCCCAGCUUAAGACUCCAGAGGUCGAGCAGCGGAGUGCGAAUGUAACUUCGUCCACUAAAAAACACAAAAACAAACAAAAACUAAAGAGCCGAACUACGGCGCUCUGAUUCCUGAAAAGGAUACGUAGGCAUUAGGUCGCGGGGCCUAAGCGAGCACAAUUAUUUAUAAACCUUAUUUUCCCCGUGUUUCUUUUUCUUUCAUUUGCAUGCAUUCCCUUAGCAUUAAGCUUUAGAUUUAUACACCCUUAGAAUAGAACAAACAUAAGUGGAUCCUGUGGAGUACCACAGACGUGAGGGGUGCUAGCACCUUCCCCUUGCGUAACCGACUUCUUACCUGAUCUCUGGUCGAAAGACCUUCUCUUAUCCUUUCUUCAUUCCAGGUUUUCUGAUAUUCCUUUCCCUCUUUGGGAUAAAUAUAUUAGUGGCGACUCUGUUUAUAUUUCGCGAGCGUGCGACAAUGGUAUGGAAGCAGUGCUCCUCGUUGAGGUUGAGAUUCCAUCAUUGAGAGUUUUAAUGGAAACCAGGUUAUCUGAGGCUGAAUGGUGUCAGAGCAGGUUUGAUCAAUUGAAUUUGAUAGAAGAAAAGAGAAUGACGGCUUUAUACCAUGGUCAUAUGUGUUAGUGCAUUUAUUGACUGAUUGGCAUCUAUGUUUGGCUAAAACAUAAUAGUAGUAAAACAUAAUACAAGUGUAAUCUUGCAAAUAUAAAAAGAACAAAACAGGUACAAGCAAGAUGUUAUAUGGAAUGUCAUGAAAUCAACUCAUGACAUUGCGCCUGCAGAACUGGAAGGAAGAUUCAGUUUGUUACUCAACAGAUACAGGAUAUUCGUAGAAUAUUUUGUAAUUCUAUGUGGCGCAAAUUUAAAGGUCAAAAGAAUAUCGAAGAAUCAGAUCAGAAGAUUGAAGAUUUAAGAAUAAUCAGAUCAGAAGAUUGAAGACUCAGCAGUUUCUAAUUUAGGAGAUAAAUUAGGAAACUCAUGAUUAAAAAGACCUUGAUUGUAGCAGAAGAUUUCUGCAGAUUUGUAACAGCAAGGAGUGCUGCGAUUUGUAAGCUCAAGUACAAUUGGGAAUAGGUUAUAAAUAGAAAUCUUUGUAACCUAGUUUUAUAUAGAAAACCUUGUUUAUAAAAGAUGUAGUCAUUAGGGUUUCUAUAGGUAGAACGCCCAGGUUGUGGGAUGGCUGCCAUGUCCUUCUCGAAACCUGUAGGUAAGAGAAGUGAUUGUUCUCACUCGAAACCUGUAGGUAAGAGACUAGUAUUUUAUUCUUGAUUGAAGCUGUGAGGCAAGAUCAAGUUAUUGUUCAUUGUUAAUUGUGUAAAUAGUUGUUGCAGGGUUGUAACAGUUAGGUAUCACUUGGGAGUGAGCAGAGGUUCUCUUGUCUUGGAUGGAUAUCUGAGAUAAAGGUUGCAUUGGGUAGUGACUAGGUAAACCAGAGGUUGUUUAUCUGUAAACCUGAAGUUGUUUACAUAAAAUAGUACUACUGAUAGUGAAAUCUUCUUCCUGGCUUGGUAGCCACCAGAGUAGGUAGUUAGACCGAACUGGGUUAACAAUUAAUUGUGUUAUUUGUCUUCUGCAUUGUAUUGUUUGUUCAUUCUUGGAUGUUAUGACAUCGUUUAUAACAUUAGGUCUAGAAGUGUUAGCUGUUCCUUUACAGAAUCUUAUAAACUUUACAAUCUGGUUAUGUUAACUAAACAUAUGUGAUCCCAGGUAUCAUUGACUCCUGUUUAGGGGUAAUUAAAAGUUGGGGAAUCUUAUAAACUUUACAAUCUGGUUAUGUUAACUAAGGUUAUGCUCAACAAAGUUCAAGAAGUGGCAGUUCUGUAUGUUGAGAUUGUGGCAACCUCUCUGUGCGUGCUUCUAGUAUCAAAAGGUCAUCAGUUGAUCAAUUCUGGAGGAGAUAAGUUAGUAGACAAGGGUAUGUUGAAGAAAGAGAUGAACCUUGUGAAAAAAACUAGUAGUACAAAUGUCAGACACAAUGUUAUGACAUCUUACUUCUGGUGUAAGUUUUUAAUGUAAAGGAGCAACUUUGCUAUAGUGAGUGUGUUCAGCAGGAUAGUUGAACAGAGGGUGCGGCUCUUGAAGAUAUGAAGAUGCGUCUUAUAUUUUCCAUUCAUCAUUUCAAGCUUAUUCCUUGAAGAAGCUCGGACUAUCUCAGAUAGGGGGAGUAACUUCUUUUGUCAAGAAAAGUUUCUUGGUUAAAAAUACUUUAACAUCGUGAAGAAAAUGUGACAUUUUUGUCAGUUAUUUGUCAAUGGUUAAAUCUAACCAUGUGCAACUGGAAACCACAAUCCCUUCUCUACACUAAUGAGGUAGCUGUAUGUCUAACAGUCUCAAGGUGUUCAGAACAACAGAAGUCUAUGUCUAUGUCUAGUGAGUAAAUGGGGAGUCUGUUACUUGGUCCGUAGGAUGCUUUGUCUUAAUCUUUUAAAGAAUCUUGAGCUAUGUUCUUAAAAGGAAGAAAAGUGACAAUGUCUGACAGGAUGUCAUGACAUGUCUAAAGACAUUGAAUCUUCUAAGUCGAACAAGGAAAUAUGUCUUGAAGUUUAUCUACACAUCAGUGGUCGGUGUAAAGUACAAUCAAUGACUAUGCAUGCACUGGUAUUUCAAGAUAACUCCUAUUAGAAAAACAGUCAAAAACUGUUGUGGAAAGAGUAAUUACUUUUGGAACUGUUUCCUAAUUAACCGUUUGACCGUUGAACAAGACCAAAGACCAUCGAUAUUUCCUAUAAUCUCCAAUGGCUAUAUAAUGGCAUCUCCAUGGAUUACAGAAAUCAAACUCUCUCAAGAUGUCGUUCGUAUGUGUUCUUAUGAGUCGUGUCUGGGUUUGGUAUUGUGAUGGGUUGCUGUACCAAAACCUCUUCAGAAAAAGAAAAACACGGGCUAGGGAUGUUGAUGGUCUCUACCAUGGAUUUUUCUUCAAUAACAACAACGAUGUUCCACCAUAUACAACCUUCAGUAUAGGAACUAUUAUCGUUGUGAUAUGUGAUCUGAGUUAUGAACACAAUUGUGAUUUGUGUUAUGAGUUACUAGGACCGGUGGACAGUUUUCACUCAAGUCGUCUCUCAGGGUCUAAGCUAUGAUUUGGUUUCUGGUUCAAGAUAAAGGAAGGGGUCUCUUAUGCCACCAUUGGUCUUCCAAGAUGUCAUACCCCAAAAUUUGACCUCCUCUUUUCAUCUCCAAUGUGUCAUACCCCAAAUUUGUCCUACCCUUAAUUAUCUGGUUUACAUUCAUGUUUCAUAUAGGUCACUCAACUCAUGCAUUCAUAUCAUGGUUACCAAUCGAAGACUUGAAAGAAAAGAGCCUUUAUGGCAAAGAACUCCUGAUUAAAUAUGAGGAUCUGAGGUCUGGUCUCGUGGCACUAUCCUUCUGAGGGCACUCUUGAAUCAGUGGUUUUCUCACCUUCAAGUCAAGGCAUUGGUUGGGAAAUACAAGCUUGAUGCUUAUCUGAUUAUUCUGAAUUAGGGUUUCUUUGACCAAAGUCAACCAGUUGACUUUCUGGUCAACGUUUAAUCAAGAACGGAUCUUGUGAGUGAGAAGCUUUCAUAUUGACCAUAUAGGACACAUUCGUUUGACUGAAUCUGACUGGAGAAAAUUUAAUCGGGAAUUUCAUCAAUAAUCAGAGAAAAUCAGAACAGUUGACUUUUGGGUCAAAAUCAGAAGAAUUAUUCAAAUAUUGACUUUUGGUGGAAAACCGGUCAAAUAAAGUCAAAGAAAUGAGAAGAAUCAAGAAAUAAUCAAAACUGCCAAAUUUGGAAAGUUAGUUGAAAUGGGAACUUGCCAAAAGAGGAAAGUUCUAUACUUAAAGAAUUUUUGAGUGAAUUUCCAAUUGGCUGGGCAGCUGACUUCAGGUUCGAUUAUCAUGUUGAAAACGACAGAAUUUUAAGACAAGCUCAACAUCAAAAGUGUUCAAAUCAUAGCCCUCUACAAUUCUCUAGUUGGGAGUUUUUCCAGUUGGAGCUUGAUUCGAGAGUUAUGUUGGUUUGAAGUUAGAAGAAAUGCAUUUGUUCAAGUCAUUCAACUAGGCAGAUUUUUGGUCAUACGUGAAGCAUUUUGACAAACAUGUGGUGUGCCAUAUCUCAAGCCAAUUUUAGAGUUCUAUAAAAAUUCCAUGGAAGCAAACUUGGUAUGCUCCCAUUCUUUGCCAUGUCCUCUAUGUAACAAAACAAGAAUUGAGUCGAUUGAGCAAGUAUUGAACAAAUUGGAGAUAUUCAAAGUCGUGACCUCACCAAGAUACGCGUGAGCAAGAGUUUGGGCCAGAGUCUUAGUCAUACGCCAGGCAUUUCAUCAAGCACGUAACGUGCCAUUUUCAAACUCGUUGGCUGGAAGUUACAAGCGUUCAUUUAAAUCAAACUCAAUGGCAAUAUAAUCUCUCCCAUGCCCCCUACACAACAAGACAAUGAUCAUGGAAAUUGACCAAGUAUAGAAUGAGGUACAUGAGUCUAAAGUCAUGCCAUCGCCAAGCCACGUUUCGAUUGGGACGUAAGCCAAACUCCUGUCACACACGCAUGAGGCAUUGGCAGCAUUAAUGUUCUAAGUUCAGGGCCAUAUUUCUCAUACUUAUAAACCUCAUCUCAUCAAGUUCCAAACAUCAAAGUCAGUCCAUCUCAUGUCCUCUUCGUAACAAGCUCGAGAAUGAGUCAUAUCAUGAGCCAUGGCAAGAGAUGUAUAGCUUCAAAGUCUGCUUCAGAGGUGAUUCUCAAAGGUAGGGUGGCAACAUGAUUUUAUGCAUGGCAUGGCAUGUAUGGAGCCCAGCAUGUCAUCAAUGCAUUUUACUACAAGUAGCCAUGCAUACCAUAUAUUUGAAAAAGCUAUGAACAAAAUUACCAUGGGAAGAAACUCUUGCUCAUUAAGUUUGGAGGAGAGAUCUAAUGCAACGCACCACACCAUAACCUACCUACACACUCACCAUAUAAAGCCAAAAACUCUUCACAAAUCGGGAAACACACGCUCAUUUCCUCCACCUUUCUCACAGCCAUAUCUCUUCUCCUCUCUCCUAUUCUCUCACUCCUCAUACACCCCCCGAGAGUUGGUUACAAACUAUAACAAACUCUUAACCACCACCACCACCAUAUCAACAAAACGCUUCCAUCAUUCAUCUUUACUUUCCACCUUCGCCUUCCCUCUUCCACCACCGUCAUCACCGUAACCACCUUCACCAUCAUCAAACCAACUCCAAACGAUCACUAUCAACCGCCAUAAUCAAAGAAAGCAAAACGAAACGGUUCGCAUCGACUAGAAUCAUCGCUACUCACGUCAAGAACAACAGAGCGUAGAGGAGCUUUCUGGAAACGUUAAUUUCUCUCAGGUGUGAUCUCUGGAUCUUUCUAAACCCUUAGCUUCCAUGUUAGGUUCGUAUAGUGUUUGUUAGCUGCGUUGCUUGUUCAGAUUUCGAUUGCAAUUGAUUUACAGUAUACGCGCUUGUUUCCUUGUAUAUAUUCAGUGUAUCUUGAUCCUGUGAGUUGUGCUAAUCGUUUAGGAUAGUUUAAGAUCGUUUCGUGAAAGCCGGUGAGUUGUAGCAUAAUCUUGUGGCUUCUGUUCAUGUUGUUAGAGUGCGAUUGAGAUAAAACCGAGCACAGAUUUGAACUCAGUGGCAAAUUCCGAGUCAAAUGAUACCGGUCAUGAGAUUUUCUGCAUUUUUGUUGAACUCCGGUAGUGUUUCUCGCCGGAGAAGACGACUGAAAGUCAUCUCCGGCCGCCACGCGAUUUCCAUGCAUUCUGACUCAUAUUUGCCCACGUGGCACCUUUCUUCUGGCUGAGGCUCCCAUUUAGUUGCAACGUUUGUUUUAUUCUUAUGAUAGGGAUGGCACUGUGGCGUGUUAUGAUUGGCUGAGCAUAUCAUUUUGUCAUCUUGUGACUUAAAUAAUAAGGGUCCAAUUGAUAUAAGGUUAAUACUAUGUGUCAUGCUUUUUUUUUUUCAGACUAUAGUCUAAUUAAUAAACGUGACAUACCCAUAUGAAAUGAACAAAUUAAAAUCAAACAAAGGGGAGGAUUGGGUUAUUGAUGUCUGGACCACGCAGCCAUUCGCAUAUGGGCCUCGUACUUUUUCUUUCUACACUCCCCAGUAUUUAGGCCCAUUGCGCCAAUAAUCAGGAUACAGCUCAUUUUUGAAUUUACUUUCUUACCCCCCUGGCUGACAGAUUUUGAGAAUGUUUAGAAAUUGUUUUUUUCUCUAAAUUUUGACUUGUAAUUCAGUUUCCACUGAAAUAAAAAAUAAAUAAAAAUAGAUUUUAAGUAGGAUUUUGUGUGUACAUAAUUGUGAUAUUUUUGUAGAUUUUUUAGAAAUUAGUUGUGCAUUUUUAAUAAGUCAUUUACUUGGGUACGUUCGUGUUUCUUUCGGUUUUGCUAUGUUUUGCAAAGUAAUUUCGUUUAACACCUUAGGAUCAGAAUUUAACUACCAAUUUUUGUAUGAUUUCUGUAGACUAACCCAUGAUGUUGUGUAUAAAAUAUGAACUCCUAAUUCUUUGUUUUGAUUGGUAUUUGGUUAGCGUUGUUUGACUCGAUUAACACGCGUUUCUAAUAGACAAUUGUGACGUUUGUGCUCUCAAAUUGAAAUGCAUUCAUGCAAUAAUGUCGGUUCCUUUUUGUACAUAUGAUUAGGGAUGUUUAGAGGUCCUAAGACCUGGAAUUGAAAAUUUUAGAUCAUGUUUUCCCAUUUUACUCGAUUUUUCUUUCUCACAUGUAAAUAACUUGUUUUUGGUCGACGAUUGCACCGUAACUUGUACAAAUGACCCGUAAUUUUGUGUGAAACUCUUCGGCAUGAUUUUGUGGUUGUUUAGGCAUCUAGUAGAGGCUAUUUGCUACUGACUUGUACCAUUUGAUUACAUGUUUCUAACUUCAUUCACAAUUUGAAAUCGUUUAGCUAGUAUUAACCUAGUGUUGUCUAGUUUUGGUUAGAGUUUCGUAUUGCUUCAUGCUAAUUGACUAAUAUAGAUUAAUAUAGGAUAUUAGAACUAGAUGAUUGAGUUUGCUACUGAAUUGAGGCCUAGCUCAUUGUGUUCACUUGCUUUUGUUUUGAUUAAUUGAUGUUUGUCCGCUAAUUGAUAAGUAACGACGCAUGCGGUACUUUGGUAACUUCUUGUGGAUAUUUUUGUAUGAUACCGUGAUGCUUUUGUAUUUGAUUUGGGACACUCAAUCCCUUGUUUUGCUACUGACUUGGGGCUUCCCUCUCUUGUUUCCAUGCUUAGCCUCUCAUUUCUUGCUUUGAUGUUGCUUACUCCUUACUAUUGCUUGCCAUGUUCCCUUAGACUCUUCCUUCUUUGUUAAGAGGAAUCGAGAUAGGAUAGUUAUCCUCGACCUUAGGGCCAUUUGUAGAUUAGAAUAACAUAGGUUAGAAUGUUAGAUCUAGUUCCCUAUUGCAUUCUUUUUCUUUUUAACUCUUUAAAACAUUAAUAAACGGAAGAUGCGAAUCACAUUAAACAAGUGAUUGAGAAAUGAGUGGGAUUCAUUCCCUAAUCUAUUUCUCAAUCGCUCAGUGGCAUAGAAACGAGUGGGAUUCAUUCCCUAAUCUGUUUCUCGGUCACUACUUAAUGGGAGAGAAACGAGUGGGAUUCAUUCCCUAAUCUGUUUCUCAAACAUUAAUUAAUGGGAGAGAAAUGAGUGAGAUUCAUUCUCUAAUCUGUUUCUCGAACAUUACAUAAUGGGAUAGAAGUGAGUGGGAUUCAUUCCCUAAUCUGCUUCUCGAUCAUUAUACAUUUUAUGUGAUUCGAAUCGUGAAGUAAAUUCCCUUAAAAAAUACACAACCAAAAACACUUAAAACACCUAACAAUGGUUCAGACUAAGGCAAAGUAGAGAAAGUGGUGAGUGGCCCGGCAUUGGGAACUGUUCACCACUCAUCUACCCUAAAAGACACAAACCAAUCAUUUCUUUUUCUUUUGCCUCGUUGGCACCUAAUGGCAAUGUCAUUUCUGUUCGUACGCAUCGUAGGUCUUCCCUUAUGCAAGAACGUGAACGUUGACUCCGCCCAAUUAAAAAACACAAAAACAAACAGAAAAUCUUUAGCCGAGCUACGGUAACUCUGAUUCCUGAAAAGGAUACGUAGGCAGCGGGGUAGGGCCCGUGCGAGUACAAUUCUUUAUUUUCCCUACAUUUUGCAUUCAUUCGCAUUUAGACUUAGACAUAGAUAUACACCCAUUAGAUAGAAACAAACAUAGGUGGAUACCAUCGAGUACGAUGGGCGCGAGGGGUGCUAAUACCUUCCCCUUGCGUAACCGACUCCCGUACCUAGAUUCUCUGGUCGCAAGACCCUGUUCCUUCCUUUGUUAGGUUUCCUGAUAUUCCUUUCCCUUAUGGGAUAAAUAUAUUGGUGGCGACUCUGUUCAUUUUUCGCGAGCGUGCGACACAAUGACUCAAGGUUCGAGGGUUUUCUCAAGUCACUCUCUCCUAUUCAAAACUAGGGUUUGCUAUUUAUCUAAGGAGUUUGAAUAUUUAAGGCCUCAAAUGGAUCUCAAGGUGUCUCAUAUGUCUCAAGGUAUCUCCAUGUCAAUUAUCAAGCUUUAAUCCCAAGGAUUUCUCACUCAAUGGCUCAGACGAUCAAUAGUCGACUAUGUUGACCUAAAAGUCAACUAUAGUCAAAAUACAGACAAACUUUAAGACUUUUGGUCGACAUCAAGUAUGUGAGGUUACAUUCAUCAUUUGAUCAAAGAUUGACCAUGAUCCAUUAAUAAAAACUCAGAAAUGAACAAAUUCAAAAGGUUCAAAUUAGGGUUUUUUAUAGGAAAAGUCAACUCAACUUUGACUGGUCAUAACUUCCACAUGGAGUAUCAUAAAUUUCUCACUCAAAGCUUAUUUUAGAGGAAAUUGGAUUAUCUACAAUUUUGUCUCUCACAAGCCAAGUCCAGAAAUGCUUCAUUUGAGAGAUAUGGUGCAGAAGAUUAUAGGUCCUCCAAAAAGGUCCACAAAGACACCUUUUAGGUCAAAGCUCAUAACUUGAGCAUGGAAGAUCCAAUCGAGAAGAAACCAAAAAGGUCGUUUAGGGGAUUCUUUGAGCUUUCUAAAAAAUCCUAGAAUGCAUUCAUAUGAUUAAAAUUGAAGGAGAUACAAAGCUUAGAAGUUGGUCGAAUUUCGGAGAAACGCAUGAAGAAGAUAUUGACUAAAAUUGAAAAUUCUCCAAAUGGGCCCAUAUUUCUUGGAUCCAAACAUGAUUCUAAUCUUGUUAGAAGACUCCUGGCCCAAUCCCAUGCCAUUUUAUUAUUUAUUUUAUUUAUCUUGAUUUAAUUCAUUUUAAAUUCAAUUUAAUUAAAAUAAAUAUUGGG